AUGAGCGAAGAUGAGAAAUUAAACAUUGCGCAAAAUAAUGAAAUGUUACGUCAGCAUUACAGGGCAGAAAUAGAAAAACAAAAAAUUCUAAUAAGAUAUAUAGGAAAGAAUACGACGUUGGGAAUACCAGGAAACGGUCAAUACAGUAGCGACAAUCUAGAACACAAGUUAGCGGUAAUAAAAGUAGGCGCCAAAAAAAAAACACCGUUACAAGAGUUGUAUGAACGAAAAAUUAAAGAACAAAACACACAGUACACUGUGAGAGAGGCGGAAAAGGAACGAGAUGAAGUGUUAGAAUCUGUAUCUAACUUGGGCUUAAAAAGUGUUAGUACAGUAACAAUAAAUCACAACAACAAACUAUAUCAUGUUUAUUUAUACGAAGAUGACAAACAAUUUGCUCUAUGGAAAGAAGUACAUGUACAAGAAGAAAUAAUAAAUAAAUUACGGGUGUCCACACAACCAAAACAAACAGGAUACAAAUUUACAUCAGAAACAGAUAAUGGGCUUGGGAAUGAUGACUUGUGGGAAAAUUUACAAUCGCUUAAUUUAUCACCAAUAGACACAAAUCAGUUAUAUUCCAAGUUUCAAAAUAAAAUCGCCAAAGACUGGGAAGAGCAGAACAUCAGGCCAGACAGGAUCCACGCAAGACAGCAUCCGGAAGACUAG